AUGGACCGGCCGAUGUCUUUCCACACAAUGAAGGCCUUAAUCAGGAGAGAAUUCCAGACCUCAAGGUUCAACGAACUCAAAGCUGGAACAAAGGAGAAUAGUGGACAGUGGCACUCUCCGACAUACCCGACUGGCCAAGAAUCGAAGCCGUUGCUGAGUUUAGACUACGUACCGGACACGAUUGCUUGGCAAAACACCUUCACAGAUUGGGAGUAUACACUCAACCCAAAUGCCCUCUAUUAA